AUGGCAGUAGGUCCAGCCAGUGCGGAAGGGUCAACAAGCGUAUCCUCCCAGUUUUUGUCAGACAUCAUCGGCAGACCGGUAAAUGUCAAGUUAUACUCUGGAAUGCUGUAUAGAGGAAGAUUGGAGUCAAUUGACGGAUUUAUGAACGUGGCGCUUUCGAGUGCCACAGAGCACUACGAAAGUGGAACUAAUGGACUUCUGAAGAAUUAUGAUUCUGACGUUUUCCUAAGAGGUACGCAGGUUAUGUAUAUUAGCGAAGUAUAG